UACUAGCGCUUCCCUUAGCGUUGGAUCUCAUUAACUGCAGGUUGCCCCUGGGUCGGCACUCAAUCCACUCCCAAUCUUCAUCCUUAAUUGCUCAAUUGUCAUACAGCGUAAGCUGCAGACACCUACAUACACGCCGUAUUCAUAAUACGCUCUAACCUAUCUAUACCCAUGCUAACAUCAGAUUUAUUGUUCCAAAGUGGUAUUCUUUCUAGAAUUGACUCAGCCCUGCAGUGACUUUAUUUAUUGCUGAAUUUCACACAUCAUGUCUACUCCUCCACCUUCUACCAUCAAGUAUCAUACGCUUACUCACUUGAUACUCACUUGAUAUUACCAACAUGAUGGAUCUGAUUCCUCCGAAUAACCCAUAUGCCAAUGGGGGAAAAGUUACAAUCUCCCUAACGGGUACUCGAGAGACACUCAUGGGACCCUUGAUAGCUAGAGCUCGCGAUGCCAACAUGCCCAAUUCCGUCCUCAAUGAUAUCUAUGCUGUCCAAGUCCUAGACCAGAUCGACCACGACAUUGAAAAGUUCAAGAUCAAUGAUGAACAGGCCACUAUGCACACUCUUCGUGUCUUACGCCUAGAUCGCUGGACUCUUGAGUUUCUCGCAAAUAAUCCUGAAGCCACCGUUCUUCACCUAGCCUGUGGCCUUGGCAGUCGGUGGCAUCGUCUCCAGACGGACCUGACCAACGUUCGGUGGAUCGACGUCGACUACCCAGAAGUGGUCGAACUGCGGAGUAGGCUCAUCCCAUGUCCGACAGGCGACUACAACUUAAUUGCUGCAGACGUAACCGAGGAUGCAUGGCUCGACCAAAUCCCUGCUGAUAGACCGACCGUUGUCAUCUGCCAGGGGCUUCUUAUGUAUUUGGAGGAGGAGGCAGGAAAGCAUUUGAUUCGACGUUUAGUUAAGCACUUCAAGACGGGUCAGCUAAUCCUUGAUUUCGUUGGCACCAUGAUGGUGCCUCUACAAGGUUCGGUUGGAAACCUCACAGGCACAGGAGCGUCCUUGAGCUGGUGUCUUGACGAACCCAAGAUACUAGAGACCUUGCACCCGCAGCUGGAAAUGCUGGAAUGCUUAGGGCUUAGCGAAUUAGGCGAUUACUCACGCAUGCCCGCGGGCACCCGCUUGAUGCUAUCAACCUACUCACACCUGCCCUGGUUUCGGCAUGUGAGCUCUUAUGUGCGAUUCAAAUUCUAAGGCACUAGGCCGGGUAUCUGCUUGAUAGAUGCCCGCCUAGGUACGUACAUUGGCAUUCAACUGGUAUCAUUACCUCAAUUACAUAAGGAUUUUCUUUAGUCUUCUUACGGUCUUAAUCUAAACUAAGU